AAAAUGCGCCGAUUGUUGCCGAUUUUUCGUCGAAAUUUGCGAAUUUCUGCAUUUUCGCGUCAAUGCACCACAUCUGACGACACUUUGCGGACUUUUGCGCCAAAUGCGUUGAUGGAUCGAAUUGUGGACGAUUUGAAGAAAACUGGCACACAUUUUGUGAUUCCCGGUCGAGAUUCCUUUGCCAGACAGGAAUCGGCAAAAGUUUUCGAAAAACUUUUGGAAAAUGGUGUAAAAUGCGAAUUUCUGCUGGAUGCGAACACAAAAAACGCCACACUGUUCCGUACAAUUGUCUCACAGCCUGGCGCCUCACUGGAGAUUUUGGAGACGAUUGUCAAUGUUGGAUAUGUCACUUUUGAGGAUGCGAUUCGACUUUUGGCACUCUUCCCGGACGAUCUUCUCCGUCACGGAUCCCCCAGCAUCACCAAAAACAUUGAAGCUCUCUCCGCCUGUGGUAUCUCGACUCCCCGCACAAUUGGCUCGGCAAUCAAGAAAUGCCCACCGUUGCUCUUCGCCCGGGACCCCCAGGAAAUGCAACGACUGGCUCACGAGAUUGGUGGAUUUUUCUCCAGAAAGCAGGCCGGUCAUCUCAUCUCCCGUUGCCCGCAGAUUUUGCUAAAGCCAAUUGAAGAAAUUGAGGAGAAGUAUGAGUACAUGUUUUAUCAGAUGGGCGUUGAAGCUGAUGACGUGGCAGAAUGCAUCGGUUGGAUCGAUAUUCUCACGUUUGACGAAAUCGUUGAUCGCCACAAAUUCCUGCUGGCGACCGGAAAAUUCGCGACCCCCGACGCGAAACGGCCCCAAAUUCGCAUCGAAAAUCCGAAAUUACAGAGCAUUUUGGAUAGUAAGGAGGAGGAUUUUGCUGUUAAAGUCGCCCGGGUCACAAUGGAGGAAUGGAUCGUUUUUAAGGCAUUGCGUGUCAAGGAAACUAUUAAUGAGAAAAAAGAACGAAAAUUCGAACGAAUCAAGCCGUCAAAACGAAAAGCCUACGAAAGACGGCACAAGGAGCGUCAGGAGCUCGCCGAGCACGUUUUUGACGUCUCCCAUGGAAAUUAGCACCCGGUUUUCACGGAUUUCCCUUCGUUUUUUGUUAAUUUUUAUUGAUUUUUCGAUAGAUUCCGGUAGUUUUUAUACCUAGCAAAAUUGAUUUUUCAAGUUUUUCGGAGAUUUUUGACUCUAGACGGUUGAUUUUUCGAAAAAUUCCCGAAAAAUCGAUAAUUCAUUUUUUUCCUUGUUAUUUAUUGAUUUUUCCAUUGAUUUUUAAGUUUUCUUGUUGAAAAAUUUUUUAAUUUUU